GUUCAUGUUGCUUGCACUGCAUGUAAAGUUUUGAUUACUAAAUCUGCCAAUGUUUAUGAACUUUCGCAUUCUGCGGCCUUCUGUUUCAAUGUUUCCUGUACCCUGUGGGUGGCUGUAGGUACAUUUUGAUACAAACUGAACUUUAGUGAGAGUGUCGUUAUACUUAUAUUAAUCAUGUAAUGUCUUUCAGGGGGGGUUUGCACGCUGUUACGAAAUGACGGAAAUAUCAACUAACAAAAUGUAUGCUGUCAAAGUCAUCCCCCACAGUAGAGUCUCAAAGCCUCACCAACGUGAAAAGGUGAGUGGUAUAUAGUGUCACUUACCGCAGUGUAUGAUGGUCUUGUGGUUAAUUGCGGCUUGUUCUGUAUUUUCUCACAAACUUAGUCGGUGGGCACAUCUCUGCCAAAAAUAAAUCUGUGUAUUUAGAAAAGUUUUGCUUUGAUAAUUUAUGAUAAAAUACUUGAAAUGUUUCUCAAACCCAACUACGUCCUAAAAAUGUUUUAAAUGAAAUGUAUAGACCCUUGUAAUACAAAAUAUUAUUCAAAGAAGGAAAAGGAAACUUAGAUCAGAAUCAGUAGAAAUGUAGUACAUUUUUUGGGGGAGAGUGAUUCUGACCAAUAGGUAAAACUGUCUUUAUCUAGUGACUUUACAGAAUAUGUAAGUGGUUAUGGUGCCAACGUGCCCCUGGUGCUAUUCUCCAGUUUUGUCAGACUGGUCUUUGAGCACGUUUAUUUAAUCAGUCCCCCUGGGCGCAGGUUACUUGGCCUCGCCUUAUUGCGGAAUGUAAUUUCUUAAUUGGCAAUAGCAAUACUGUAUGUAUUCAAAUGGACACAAUGAGCCAGAGCGCUGUCCAUAUCAGAAAUAGUUUGUGCAGUAACUCUGGUUUCUGAGGGGUCAGGCAUCGGCUGACCAAGGAACUAUCAAACUGCACAAAGGAGUUGAUUGAACUGGAGGUAAGUACCUGGGACAUGUUGGCAAUCACUGGGCUGUAGUAAUGGUGUUCAGUGUCUCUCUUUAACCAAAUACAGGCAGCAACCAAUGUCCUCCAAAAACUUUUCUUCUACACUUUUCCUGAUUCUCAGUCACACAGAGUACAGUGUCUGAUGCCUCAUACUAAAUGGGUCACACCUGCAUGUUAAUAUGUAAUACAUGUUUUAUAACAUGCAAAUAUAUACUGCAGUAUUCCUGUUAUUGCAUGUAAAGAUUGAUGGUCUGUCAGCUGAAAUUAAAUCUAUAAAAACUGUCCCUCUUCCUUAUCCUGCGUUAACCGCUGCUGGACAGUCUAUUGCCCAGCUCAUAUUAACUCUUUCACUGACCCUUUGCCAGCUUAUGUUGACAUGAGGUGGUGGGGGGAAUUAAUGCACGGUUAGCCCUUCCUUACUUUGGCUUAUUUUUGCUCUUUUCAGAUUGUAAAUGAAAUCGAACUUCACCGGGAGUUGCACCACAAACACGUCGUCAAAUUCUCGCAUCACUUUGAAGACGCAGAGAAUAUCUACAUAUUUCUUGAGAUUUGCAGCAGGAAAGUGAGUAUUUCGCCAUCUUUGUUUUACAUAUUUAAUCCAGGCGGGAAGCGUGACGGAAAUACUCUGGCUAAAUCUGAAGUUUUAAUCUCUUUGGAUUUUGCCGCCUCGGCGUGGAGGUUUGUUAGAUGACUCAGUUUGUGGCUGGAAGAUGUCAUUCAGCAGUUUACACAAGUUUCCUGAACCUGCUUUACUCGCCGUGUCUUAAUUUGUUUCUGAGCUGCUUCAUGUUUCCUGUUCUCGUUAUGACAGCAGCUUGGGCAAGCCUUAAAGAGGAAGUUUCACCAGCUUUCAUUUUAUUUUUAAACCACUACACUUGUUUUUGCACUGUUAACCCCUCAAGUGAAUUUAGAAUGUGCAAUGUACACUUUAAUUCUGCAACAAUGCAGUGUUACAGGGCCAAAAGGUGGUCCUCCAUAUUUUAGUGUAGUAACGCUUGAUUGGAGUUGAAGUUGUUCAACAGCUUGUUGCUUGCCUCUUUAACCAAAACAAGCACAUUUCCUGAAACCGUUUUGACUAUCGUUAAUGCAAAUAUACAUUAGUCUCAUGACUCAGUUUGACACUUUUUAACACCAUGAACGUGAAAUCUUGUGCAUUGUAGCAUUUAUGUAUAUUGGGUGUGCAUAAAGUCCUUUAAAAUUAUUUCCACAACUCUUGGCUAUGAAGGUGCAGUUGAACACUUUUUUUUUUUUUUUCUGUAAAGGGAAAUGGGGGUGGAGAUAGAGACCCAAAAAUACAUCUUUGUGACUUUGUGUUUUUAGCGUGACCCCUCCUGUCUAGAUUAUGUAAUGCAGUAAAGGCUUCCCCUAAAAUGACAUACAGCUGGUCUUUCCAUCUGGGCGACAGCAGCUGUAUGUGAAGGGUCUUUGUAAUGGUCUGGGGCUCUAAAGACAUUCCAGUCUUCCUGCUGUAGAUAAAGGAACUUGCCUGUUUGUGUGACAUCUGGAAAUCAUACAAAGGCUUACUGUGUCGGCCUAGGCCUCAAGCAGCGGACUGUCCUCCAGCAGGAAUGUUUAAUUUUCACAAGAAGCCUUGGACAGUAUUUUAGGAUGGUGUCUAGGCAUUUACAAAGGGCCCAAUAAUGUGUAGGUUCCUUAGAUCUAAAUGUGACUUUCAUCAUUUUGGGAAAAGCUGCAAAUCUGUCCUUUAAACAGACUCUGAAUGUAGAUUGUCAGCUGGUUUGAGUGCUUUUUUUUACCCCACUUCAUGUGUCCAGUGGAAAUGCUGUAUAAUAUUGAGAAUAAAUCCCUUCCCAUAAUUUUACAACUUUGCAGAAUGUUGGUGCUCUAAGUGCUAAUAACUGUUCCUUUAAUUGCUGUCUUGCAGUCUCUCGCACACAUCUGGAAAGCACGCCACACUCUUCUAGAGCCAGAAGUGCGCUAUUAUCUGAAACAGAUUAUUUCUGGCUUGAAGUAUUUGCACCUCAGGGGUAUCCUUCACCGGGAUCUUAAGCUAGGUACGUAAACCGACUCGUUCUUUCUUUAAAUCUGAUCUUGGACUAUUUUAGACUGCGCGGAGAUGUGGUUUGAAUUGAGUGAUACUUUAAGUAUUCAUCAGAUUUGUUGCAGGGAAUCUAAUGUAUUUAACACUUGUAUCCUUUCUUUGCAGGGAAUUUCUUCAUAAACGAGCGAAUGGAGCUGAAAAUUGGAGAUUUUGGUCUGGCAGCACGACUGGAGCCUCUUGAACAGAGAAAGAAGUGAGUUUUAGGGUGUAGAUAUGAUCUAGAGCAGGAGAGAUCGGUCACAGGAAAAGGCAGGGGUGCAUGUCGACCACCAUGGACAAAUAUCCUAACCCUUAAACAGGGACACUGGCCCAAUGAAUUGUAUACUCCCUGCCAGGUUAACUGCACACUAAAGGGCAUAAUGGGAAUCUUAGGUGCUUUUGAAGGGUUAAUACUUGCCUUGCUUGGGAUGUGACAGUGAUGUCCUGAUUACAAGUAACACAAUCUGUUUAAGAUUUCAGUGUGUAACUGUUCUGUUGGUGCUUACCAGAUGUCACCAUGUGUUUUGAUAGCUGACUAUCUUGCGAUUUUAUACUAUACAUGCAGUCUCGUUUGCCAGCUGUGGCUAAUCUUUGGAUUCUGACACUUGUUUGUUUUUUAUUUUCAGAACAAUAUGUGGGACCCCCAAUUACCUGGCCCCAGAAGUUCUCUAUAGACAGGGCCACGGUCCGGAAUCUGAUGUGUGGUCUCUCGGAUGUGUCAUGUAAGUGUUACAAUCUCUGAUGUAAUACCUCUGGUACCAGCUGUGACUUCUUGGGCCUCCCUGUUCCACUGAGACUGGUGUUGGAGGUGUGGGGAGGCUUGACAUCCACAGUGCAUUCACUGAUGUCAUUGUGUGGAAAGAACAGUGUUUGUUUGUUGCAACCCACGUGGCUGUCUUGUGUUGCACAGGAAGCUUGUGGUUGGGUUUGAGUAAUAUCUGCACAGGCUCAGCGCAAAGCGCUGGCACAACCUUGCUCCCCAGACACUAGGUUAAAGUUUAACAUUAAAUGUCCAGAUCGGUCGGUUUAUGUUUUCAAUUACAAAAAAGAAAUGGUAAGCCCCUGUUCAGGUUUUACACUAACUUAAUCAGACUUGAAUGUUUAAAGACUGUUGCUCUCUGCUUGCCAAUCUGUACUGUGUAUUUUAAGCUUAAGCAAAUCAGGCACCCUUUACUGUAAAAAAAAUUAUUUAUUGUAGAUUUUUCAUAAUAUAUAAUUAUAUAAAAAAUUUAGUCUCUAUUGCCUGUGUCUUUAAACGGUGCCUAUCUGGCUGCUGCCAGUAAUCCAAACUGUAACACACAGAACACAGCAGCUGAAGGGAUGGCAUUUCUUACACUAAUGCAAUCACAGCUUUUCUACUUUAUAAUAUUAAUACGUGAUGCACCAUGUCAGCCUAGCUCAUGAUGGAUCCCAUUUAAUACCCAGAGAACACCUUCUAGGCCAGAUUUAGCAAAAUUUAGGAUGUGCCUGAUGCGUUGCCUGACCCCCUACAUUUUCCUUCCAGGUACACCUUGCUGUGUGGAACACCGCCUUUUGAGACCUCUGACCUGAAGGAAACUUACCGCUGUAUUAAGCAAGUGAAAUACACUCUGCCCGCCUGUCUGUCCUCUGCCGCCAGGCACCUUAUAGUGGGUAUCCUCAAACGUAGCCCAUCAGAGCGACUUACACUGGACCAGAUUCUAGAACACGAAUUCUUCUCCAAGGUGUGUUGUGAAAGGAUAGGGCUGAGCAGGGUCUGCUGGGCGACUCUUGCACUGUGCGAACAUGCUACCAAUGGACUGGAUAAAUAGUGAAUAAAGGUGUUGUUAAAAUGGCACAUGCUAAAAGGGUUUUGUUUUUCAGGGCUACACACCAGACAAACUUCCACACAGCAGUUGUGUGAUGGCACCUGAUCUGCACCCACCGAAUCCAGCCAAGAGUCUCUUCACUAAAGUUGCCAAGAGCUUGUUUGGCAAAAGCAGAUCAAAAAGUACGUUGGUUUGUUUGGAUCUCACUUUAAUCAUGUACAGUCACCAUAUUCAGGCAGCCAGCAGAAAUCCUCCGUUAGAAUCUUAGUUCUUUAAGGAUAAACUUCAUGACUUGCUGUCAUUAAAUCCUGAAGUGACCCUUACCACUUGUCUCAUUACCCAAGGCAGAUAACUCUUACAAAGUCCCAGGUUUUAUUUCCAAUACCACCAGAUCUAGAUUUGCCAGACUCUGAUAAAACCACAAUGUCAACAGUCAUCGUACAUUGCAUUUAUAGAUCUAACUGGUUAAAUCUCAACUUUUCUCUGUAGCAAAGAAAGCCCCCUCUGAGGAGAAGGAGGACAUUUCUAAACUGGUCACAGGGCUGGUAAAAACUUCAAUCUGUCGUCAGCUGAGCUAUAAAACUGUGGAUGGCAACGAGGUGAGUGAGCAUACCAGACAAUGCAUGGUUAAAAUCUGUUGCCAAAAAUGACCUAAUUUAACACAAUAGGUGCAGGUGCAUGGAAGAUAUUACGCGAAGUAAGCCCUUUCCUCUGCAUUCCUCCUACAGGCUGUUCCGGUAACAAACACUGCACUCACUGGAAGCUCCAGCCCCGUUGAGGCUUUGACUGAAGAGGCUUCUGGGAAAUCAGUCUCUCGCUCUAUCCGUGGGAGUCUGGUUAGCAGCAGUGAUGGUAAGUCAUGGCAAACAGUGACUUAUUGGCCCCCAGGAAGGGCAAACCCUUCUGGAUAUAAACUAGUUGUGAAACCAUUGCCCUUUGUGCUGUAUGUACUAAUCAGUAUCUUUAUUGUCUCAGCUUUUGAAGACUGCGUCACUGCAUCUGGAGUUAUGGAAUCUGCGCUGGAGAUCCUUAAAAAUUGCCUCUCCUCCAUGCCUGCAGGUAUGGCUCUUACUAAACUUGAGAUACUGUAGGAUAUUUUGGGAGGGGAGAUGUGUGCCCGGUGUAAAAUGGUCCUGGACCUCUCACAUUCAAACAGUAGGGUUCCUCCAAUAAAGGUCUAUUCUGUUACUCUCCCACAGCUGAAGGAAAGCCGAGCUGUCUGUCCAGACAUGAUCCCUUUGUGUGGGUCAGCAAAUGGGUGGAUUAUUCAAACAAGUAUGGAUUUGGAUAUCAGCUCUCCAAUCGCAGUAUUGGUGUUCUCUUCAACAAUGGGACUCACAUGAUCCUCCCGGCGAGUCGAAGGUAAGGAGAAUCGCACUCCCAGAAAGUGUUAUCACUGAGAUUUAACCUGGAAUAUUCACUUGUUAAUGUUGAGAGGUGCCACCUCUCUGACCCAAACUGCUUGUCAAACUUCUGAGGGGCACGGUGUGUAAUAUGGAUGUCCUCACCUCACAUUUGAGGAAUGUCUAUUAAACAGAACUGCACACACUCUUCUGACCAGAUUUACCAGAAGGAUCCAAUUUCCUUGCUGUCCUAGCACCCAGUGCUUAAAGCUACGGAAUAGGAUAGAGAAUGACUUAACAUCUGUCCAAUGUCAGACCAAAAACCUAAUCUCCCGUGCUUUAUAAUGCUUCCAGUGUGCUUGGCACGUUGUAAAUCAUGUGUGCUGCACUCUGGCAGAUUAUGUGGUCUCCCAGCAAUCUUCUUGAUCUAAGAUUCCAUUCUAGGAAUCUCCAGAGCCCUUCGAUUUGAUAGUUUUUAAAUCUAUGGCUUCAGUGAAUUUGGUGAAAUUCGUUGUUCACGGUCUCAGAACAAUUUCACUUUCUAGUGUAAAAAGUACACGAUUCGACUCACUUUAGGUCAGUGGCCCUCUGUUUCUAUAGACCAUCCAAGUCUUGUAGUACCUCCUACUGGAACUGAAUUGACGUGCCUGUUGUGCUUUGAAUUGGGAAACGCUGUGUUGUAGUUAUUGUAAUGGAGCUCAGUGUCCCUGAACUAAUGCUAUGUAAACUGGAUUCCUGGCUUACAUUGUCUCUACUAUGUUUUCAAUAGUGUCGUUUUUUUUCUCUCUACCAGGAAUGUUCACUACAAUCUGACAAACAGUCGCCACUUUGUGUUCCCGAUCGCCGCUGUGCCGGAGCAGUUACAAGGCCAGAUGACCAUCUUACAGUAUUUUGCCAGCUACAUGGAGAAAAACCUUAUGAAGGUGAGCGGAGAUUGUAUUCAGUUUGUCCAGCGCCUGCUUGAAUUGGGGGAGGUGUCAAGAUGCUGUCUGACAUUGGGAGAGCUGGUUUGGUUCUGUUUUCUUGGCCUGUGCAGACUCUUCUCAUAACCUACUCAAAUGGUCUUGCUAUUUGCUUUGAGCAGAGCAGUUGGCUACCUAUAACAAGCCCUAAGGUCUAGUUGCUAAAUGUAGUCUUUCCUUCUAUCCUGGGUUUUUAAAUGUAUGGACGACACACUGACAGCCUUUACUGGCGGAGCUCCCUAUGCUAUGCUAUAGAGCUAUAAACAGCCAGCCUCUGGUGCUCUGCAAUGGAGAAGGUAGAUUUAGCCAAUCUGCAGAAGACGACUCUAGUCACUGGCUGUGUAAAAGUCUGAACAUUAUCCCCAUUUGCAAUUUACCUUCAUUUCCAUAGGUUGUGUAUGGAAACAUUCAAAGUCUGAUCUCAGUUAAAUAUCCCAGGUUCAGUCUUAUUUUCUGUCAGUCAUCUAGUGCAAAUGUCUGCAUGACUCAAUGUUUAAACCAUCAUUGUGUCAACCUGACCAGGAAAACCAGAUCUCAGUAUGUAGUGUAAUCGUGACUUUUGUAGAUUUGAAGAGGGUGCAGGGGACGCAUGUCAUGCCGUUCAGUUUCUACAAUUUCAAACCUGAACACUUUAUAUUUUAUAAUUGGUCCAAACACGCAUCUGCAGGUUUGUUUGCCAGCCCCUAAAAUGUGCACUUUGACAUAACGGUCUAAAUAUUUCUGGAUCACUGAUAGAAUAUUUACCAAGCUGUGGGAUCCUGUAUGAGCACAAAGGCUGGAAUCUGGAAGUAUACUUUUAACAUUCAGGUAUGGGUUAGAAGACUGAUCUUGGGGAGUCCACUGGUGUGGUGAGAGCUAAACUUUAGUUUCCUAGAAGUUGUAUAGUCAAAGAAUGUUACAGAACCAGUUGCAGGUAUCUGCAGAAUUCUCUGUAUACAUUCCUUGUUUUGGAGGGUUGGCAGGGAAUGUACAGGAUACCAGUGACUGGCAACAAGCCUGCUGUUCUUAAACCUGUAUGAACAUUCUGAGCAAUUUAUAGAACUGUCUUAUUUGCUUGUAGGGAGGAGACCUGCCUUGUCAAGACGAAGGGACUCUACCUCUUCUAUUACUCCUUCAAUGGGUGAAAACGGAGCAUGCCCUUCUCAUGCUGUUCAGUAAUGGGACUCUACAGGUGAGUCUGAAACGCUUACUUUUAUUUUUACAAUGCAAAAAAAGGCAAUCUGUUUUAAAUAUAUGGAAAUGAAUUUGGGAAAGAACAGUUGUUCUGAAAAUGGAAAUAUGGGUUUGGCAUCUCUAAGCCUUUUGACUUCCUUUCUAGAAAAGGGUGUUAAGGGAACGAUGUCAUAUGGUUAUAGUGCAAAACGUUCAGGGCUGUUCAUGCAGAAAUCUGGACCAUAACUCAGCCUUAAAUUGUAGACAACUUCAUCUAGAAACUGGAUUAUGGAGAAUUCAUUCUUUUUUCUCUUUUAAUUCCAGGUAAAUUUCUACAAUGACCACACAAAGCUUAUUCUCAGCAAAACUCAGGACUCUUACCUGCUUACUUACAUCAACAGAGAGCGGAACUCUCAGACCUUCCCCCUGAACUCAUUGGUGGACACUGGAUGCAGUAUGGACAUGCUCCACCGACUGAAAUACACCGUCAAACUCCUACAGCAAAAAGCAGAGUACUAGGCUAUCCGCCUCUCCGUGCGCUCCUUCAUUUUGGCUACAUACUAUGCUCGGACACUAAAAGGUGGCCUGGAUUUAAUUGUGCCUCACUGGGCACUGUCCAGGACAGUCCACUGGGCCACCACACCCAUUCCUCUGAAUUGAAUAGGUUCCACCAAAAAACUUAAAGAAACUAAAAGGAUUGAGACUGUCUGCCUUAUGGAGUUCUCAGCUGGAGAUGUUAAGCCUGCAGUAUCGAUUCCCUUGAGUGCGGAAUCUUUUUGGAUUGCUCAGAUCUAGGAUUUAAUUCGGUGGGCCAGUGAUUUUCAAUGCAAAAUUUCCUUCUGUUGAGUCUCUUUCCUUGACCACUACUGAAUCACCUGCCUUCCAGUUGAUUUGUUCUAUUUCCUUGCAAUCACUUGUCUGUGAAGGUCUAAAUGACACAACGUCACAUUGUCUUAUAUACUGUGCUGUUUCUUGCCAAACGUGUUGCCGCAGGAUACGGUGCUUCCAGACUGAUUUUAGGUUGAGCUAUAAAAGCUACAUCUGGGGCCAGUAGAUAUUCUCCUUGAAUGUUAAAGCUGCUUAAUGUCAAGCUAAAUAGGUUCGUUUCCUAAAACAUUAAGCAGCUUCCAAGAUGUCAGACUUCAGUUGCCUCUCCCAAAACUGAUUCUUGUACCAAGUGUGAUAAUUGGCAGCCCAGUCCCCCUCCGCUCACCCAUCACACAGCACUAGCUUAACUUCUCACAAAAGCAGCAGGUGCCACAAGCUGCCCGGUCACACAUACCAGAUCCUAGUAGGCACGUCUUCAGUGACGUCUGGCUGCUGAUUGAAGGCUGGUGCAAUGAUUUAAAUGCUUGGCUUACAGUCACUCCUUAAAAUAUCCCUUCAUUUCAUGAAUCAGGUUUGCAUUGUCCUUGUGGGCCAAGUAUGUUUUUGUUUGAGUACAGUGAUCCUUAAAUUGGCAUGUUAAGUCUGGCCGCUAGAUUAAUCUGACCUCCUGUGCUGCCGGUAUUUGUCUAGCAACUUGUACCAGUUUUUUAGUUUUUGGUAUAGAACUGAAAUCUGGGCCUUGGUGAAAUCCUAUUAGUUGCCCCUACACACCUUUCACCCAAUGGUAUUGCUAGCUAAAAUUUGGCAUAAACCAUAACCCACCCCUUAAUUAAAUCACACUUGUGUGCUAUGCGAGCGCUCUGCACACUGUCCUCACAACUAGGGUGUUUAAAUGUGCUUAACUUUCCCAGGUGUACACAGAAUAUGCCAGGGUUAAGGCAAACGGUCUUGGGUCUGUUUUGUAUUGUAUCGUGGCCCCCUAGAAGCUAAGGUAUGGAACAAACGCACAAUACCUGCUACACAGAACACCUUUUCUCCAUUACACUAAUUUAAUGUUAAAUGUAUUUAUGUAACUCUACGUUUGCUGUUAUAAGCAAAAAUAACUUUUUGUGUGUUCACCAAGCCAGAUUGUAUAUGUCUAUUCCAGUUAUUGAAUGUAUCUGGAUUCUUAUUUUACCAAAGACCCUUUGAAAGGUAUAAAGGGUGGACCUGUGAAUGAGUGCCGAUCCAGACUGUACCGGUGCUCAGAUUCCUUGUAGGCACUUUGUCUUUUCCGAUACACAGCGAGAUGUGUUUCUGGUUCUGCAAGAGAAGAGAGUGCAGGGGAAGAGAACAGUCUUCCCUCUUUCUGAAAAAAGCCAGUUUACUUUAAAGGCUCAUACUUGAAAAAGCUUAUUUCACGGUACUGACCCAAUUAGGGGGAAAAGCACUAAUGCUGUAUUUGUUUUCUUUAACUUAAAAGUAAUAAGGUUUAUUUAUAUGUUCACUUUUAUUUAUAAAUAUUUAUUUUAAAAUGUUUGUUUUUUCUCCUAGUAAAUCACAAACGGAGCUGAAAUUGUUUUAUACAAAAACCAACAAAAUAAACUGAUCUCAAAAAAGAAACAUCUGGCUCUUGGUUUUUGGGAGGGGAUUUUUUUAAUACAUACUAUCUCUGAUUUGAAUAGGCAAUGUCUGUCCUUCUCAAAUAACCUUUCAUUGUACAUUUAGCAUUUGGGGAGGAUUGUGCCAGAGGUUUGAAGGGGCCAUCUGGUGCCUGCUGGUUAAUAUAAUCUGCCUACUAUUCAUGGAAAACAAUAGCUGUGAGUAAAAUAACAGGGAAUACUUGAACCUCCAUUCUCUUCAAUGAGGACUUUGCUUUUAAACUGUUCCUGUAAGGAACUUCACGGUCUGUCUGUUAAUCUCUGCAAAGUCUGUAGGCAGUGACAGCGUGACUUCUAUUGCCCAAUACCUUGCCGUGAUCACCUGAAUCUCUAAAGCUAAUGCGGUCAUGGAUAUUAAACUUGUGCACAAAUGUAUUUUUCAGCCGGUUUGAAUUAAUAUAAUAUUUCAACAUGGCUUAAGGUUUUUGUUUUUUUAACACUAUCAGCUAUUGAGUGUCUAACCGUUAACUAAACCUUUAACUGAAUGGAAUUUAGCAGAUAAUUGCAAAUUUUAGCACAAGGUAGAUUUGUGGAAACCUCUGUAUUAGCUGUAGUUUCUACUCCCGGUCUUGGCAUUUGCUUUACAGAUCCCUGAUGUGUAAGUUGUUGGGUGUGAAUGUGAAUUUUCUGUUUACUCCAGGCUAGACAUUCUAAAGUCAGCUCUAAAAUGUGCAAAGAGAAUGCAAAUGUCACUAGUGUAAUAAAUAUCCAACCUGUCGUCGUCUCAUUUAGCACUUCCUUUAUCCAGAUAUCCCACACUAAGCUCCUGAGAUAGGAUCUGAGGUCACUGACAUCUCACCUUCUUGGCGUGACC